AUGCUUACUCUGAAUGCAUGUGUAAUUGAGCAAUAUUAUCAUCCAUUUUUGGGAAUAGAGCGUGCAACCGAUGACAAAUUAUCAGAAAUCGAUUGGGCCUUGAAUAUGGAAAUUUGUGAUAUGAUUAAUACAUCUGAAGAUGGGCCACGUAAUGCUAUGAAAGCCGUUCGGAGGAGAUUAUCAAACUAUAAAGCUAGCCAACAAAUUAUGCAUUCAUUAACUCUAUUAGAAACUUGUGUCAAAAAUUGUGGUCAACGCUUUCACCUUGUUGUAGCUCAGAAAGAAUUUGUUGCCGAAUUAAAUAAGAUGGUGCAAGCUAGGGGUCAGCUAUCAACCGUUGUAAUUGAUAGACUUCUUGGUUUAAUACAAUCAUGGGCUGAUGCCUUUCAAGGACAACCUAGUCUUAAUGCUAUUGUCCAUUUACGUGAUACUCUACUUAAGCACGGUGUUGAAUUCCCAGCUCAAGACCUGGACUCGAUGUCACCAAUCUAUACGCCUGAAAGAUCUGUGCCUGAGAGACCACCACAACCGCAACUACAACCGCAACUACAACCACAACUACAACCACAAUUACCAUACGCAAGCCCAACCGUAAAUCCUCAUGAUGUUGGUAUCCCAGCUGAACCGAUCAACCCGAACCCUGAACAACUUGCUAAACUGCGUCAUGAAUUAGAUAUUGUGUCCGGAAAUAUGGAAGUUAUGAAUGAAAUGAUGACCGAGUUAUCAGAAUCACGCCCCAAUGAAUCAGAUUUAACACUCCUCAACGUGAGUAACCACUUAUUCGACAUAAAGUUGACAUGGGAAUUGAAUGCCACAUGCCGAGAAAUGCAGACACGAGUCAUGGACUUAGUUGUUCGAGUUUCAAACGAAGAAUUGACUUCGGUCCUAUUAAAAGCUAAUGAUGACCUAAAUAAUGCCUUCGUAAGAUAUGACCGCUUCCAACGCCAGCAAUCUACCAUGGCAACUUCGCAGCAAGCACAACACGUAUCACAGCAGCUGGAACCUGUGUCACCAGCAGAAAACGUAGCUGCUACGGAGCAACCGCAAUCCGACUUGCUGAUCGAUUUUAGUGAAGCAGGAUCCACUGCGGCAGCUGCACCAACUAAUACAACUAACCCUGCGUUUCCGGAUGUUUCAUCGCAAUUAUCGUCUUUAUCUCUUACCUCUACUGGCCCUAAUCAGCCUGCUCCAGUUCCGGCUCCUCAACCACAAUUGGCACCAAUAACGGCUGAUUUGCCUUCAUAUAACAUUGCUAUUUCUAAUCCUACAGCUAGCCCAAUUGGGGGUGGUUCAGUACUGCCUCCGAUCAAUCCAGCACAAUUGCCAGUGAAUACUCAAGUCAACCAGCAAGAUCGUAGCCAAGCUUUGGCAUCAUUUGCAAAUACUAAAUCAUCAUCAUCAGACACUUCGUAUUCUUACCUUUCGGAAAUGAGUUCUAAGCCUAUGUCUGAUUCUCUUGCGUUUGCAAUGAACAGCAAGAAUCCAAAUGUAGACAAUACUCCAAAACAGGUUGCAAAUUACGGUUUGACUACGAAUGCUGAAAUUCCCUCAGAACUGGAUGAUUGGCUAAAGGCGACACAUAAUAAUGAAAGUAAACCAGCAGCCAAUCCAACACCCGCCGCAACCGGGCAAGCUUCACAACCAGUUUCCAGCUCCGAGUUUGAUAAAUUUUUAGCGAGUAGAGUAGCCAACGUUCGGCAGCAGCCAGUUGCUGGUGAACCUACCGCUUCUGAAACCAAUCCUUCCUCUAACUCACCUCCUAAGCCUAAGCGUCAAAUGCAGAUGGCGGAAGCUGACAGCGGAUUGUUUGGACUUUGAAAGAUUAAAUAGCCAUUAUAUUAUGAUAAUUAUGUUUUUAGUAUUAAAUGCUUUUGGAAUUAUUGUAACAAUAUCCUGCCGUACAUACAGUCAUCAAC